CCCGGGGCCGCGGGGCGGCCGGGGCGGAGCGGAGGGUCGGGCGUUCAGCCCCGCGCUCCUGCGCUCGCUCCUCCCGCGCUCCCCUCUGCGGCGCUUCCCUUCCCACCCUGCUCUUCGGUUGCUACCGGUUACUGGAGGUCGGUGCUUCUCCGGGAUCACCUGAACACCUUUGUGAAAUGGCCCGUGAUACCGGUUAUGUUACAGCGAGCACAACCGCAUACCGAAGAAGUACAGGAAUGACGUCGGGCCGUGUCCUUCUCCUCCCCGUGUCAUCCCUGUGAACUGCCGCUCCUUUAAUAUUCUGGAUUCAAAACUCAGCUGCUAAAACUUGUGCUGCAUGCUGCCCUCUGCCCAUUAAUGCAGGCCCUGCCCAAGAAAGGUUCUGUAGUCGGCCAGGCACCUCUGGUCUCUGCUGUGAGCCUUCCUUCCAAGGAGCUUAAACAUAGAUUUUUUUUUUUUUUAAUUUGCAUUCAGUAAUGCAAAUCACUCGUAAGUAAUGCACCUUCCUCAUAAGACUAUAUUCUUUAUAAUUGGAAAGAAGAUCUUUUUAAUCUGCUUUGCCUCUUGACUAAGAUUUCGGAGUGGGAACUAAAGCACUACUGCUGCGACUUAUAAAAUUCAAAUUCUCAUGAAGUAAUCCACCAGGUGGGAGAGAGGAGUCCAUGAAUCGGGAUGCUGGCCACUGGAUGGAAAAAAAUCCAAACAAGAACCCAAGAGGACAGGGGAGACCAAAAGGAUUUUGAAUCCAAAAGGAUUUUGAAUCCAAAAGGAUUUUGAAAGCAAAGGCAGCUAAAUAUGGACGGAGAUUCUUGCUCUACAGUAAGCAUUAUGACCCCUCGCACAGUCUUGAAUUCACCAAAUGCCCAAAUGCUUGGUCUAGGUGAGUUCUGGUGGAAAUGAGUGAAACUGUCAUCCACAGCAGCGUGGUAAAUAGAAAGGCAACACAGGUAGGAACAUGAGUCUGGGAAGCAGAUGAGAUCACAUGAAUGCCUCCCGUGAACUUGUAGGAAUCUUCAACGGGCUUUGGACUGCCACAGGAUAGGACAUUGGAGUAUUUGAAUAUAGUUUAAACAAGAAGUCAGGAAACAUGGAAACUCUAGUUGACACAUAAACCCCACAAGGAUUGGAAUUUUGUGAAUCCCAGCUGUGUACCUAGAAUUAGACCUAGCAUGGAAAGAAGACAUAUGAGGGCUCUGUAGUCAUGAGGCUUCAGAAGGAAAUCUCAUACACAAAACCACAGAGAUGGUGCGCUCGGUUCCUCGCGCAGCAGCCUCCGCGGUAGGUGCCGCUGAGCCCGCCACCCCCGGGAGGAGAAGAUGCCUGUGCCUCCCACCUAUGCUGAUCUUGGCAAAUCUGCCAGGGACGUCUUCACUAAGGGUUAUGGAUUUGGCUUAAUAAAACUUGACUUGAAAACAAAAUCUGAGAAUGGACUGGAAUUUACAAGUUGGGGUUCAGCCAACACUGAGACCACCAAAGUGACGGGCAGUCUGGAAACCAAGUACAGAUGGACUGAAUAUGGUCUGACGUUCACAGAGAAACGGGACACUGACAACACUCUAGGCACAGAGAUCACUGUGGAAGAUCAGCUUGCACGUGGACUGAAGCUGACCUUUGAUUCAUCCUUCUCACCAAACACAGGGGGAAAAAAUGCUAAAAUCAAGACAGGGUAUAAGCGGGAGCACAUCAACCUGGGCUGUGACAUGGAUUUUGACAUUGCUGGUCCUUCCAUCCGGGGUGCUUUGGUGCUGGGCUAUGAGGGCUGGCUGGCUGGCUACCAGGUGAAUUUUGAGACUGCAAAGUCCCGAGUGACCCAGAGCAACUUUGUGGUUGGCUACAAGACCGACGAAUUCCAGCUCCAUACUAACGUAAACGACGGGACAGAGUUUGGUGGCUCUAUUUAUCAGAAGGUGAACAAGAAGUUAGAGACCACUGUCAAUCUGGCCUGGACAGCAGGAAAUAGUAAUACUCGCUUUGGAAUAGUGGCCAAGUAUCAGAUUGACCCUGACGCCUGCUUCUCGGCUAAAGUGAACAACUCCAGCCUGAUAGGUUUAGGAUACACUCAGAAAAAGCCAGGUAUCAAACUGAUGUUAUCGGCUCUGCUGGAUGGCAAGACUGUCAAUGCUGGUGGCCACAAGCUUGGUCUAGGACUGGAAUUUCAGGCAUAAAUAGAUACUGUACAAUCAUUUAAUUUUAAAGUAUUUUGAGCAUAGCUACCUUCAGAAAUUAGUGUACCUUUUAAUGUUGUAUGUCUGGGAUGCAAGUAUUGCUAAAUAUCAUGUUAGACCUCCAGGUUAAAGAUGAUUGAGCUUUAAAGUGUUACCCUUUCAGAGGUACAGAAGAAACCCAAUUCCAUGAAAAGUCCUUUCAGCUGUAGACUUGGGGGGACCUUGGUGGCCCCCCUAGAGAGUUCAGGUUUCUUUUUUAUCUAGAAAUGACUGCAAGUGGAAGCUGAUAAUUUGUAGGCACUUUGUUAAUUGAUAUUGAGUCAAUGAAUGAAAUGAUGACUUCUUGAGAAUUGAACUUUGGUUUUCUACCCGAAUGCAGAGGAGGCUCAUUGAUGGUGUGUACAAACUCAUUGAAAGAGAUUUUUUUGGGAUCCCUGGGUGGCGCAGCGGUUUGGCGCCUGCCUUUGGCCCAGGGCGGGAUCCUGGAGACCCGGGAUCGAAUCCCACGUCGGGCUCCCGGUGCAUGGAGCCUGCUUCU